AAAUGACAACAGUAUAAGGAGGAUGUUGCUGCUGUGACUCUUUUUUAAAGUCUUCAUCGCUGAUUUACUGACUUCACAAUGACUUCAGUCAUUAAAGACACUCAAAGCAUAAAAGAAGCGGUGACUUUCAUCAAUGCAAUUGAUAUGAACAAGUUCUCCAGAUUAAUCUCCCGCAUCAUACAAAAGCUUCAUCUGAAGGGAGAGCGGGCGUUCAGUGAAGAGGAGGAGCAAAAGCUUCAGACUGCUCUUUUGUUGGAUAAACAGGCUCUGAACCUGGUCCUGGAAACUUCUGCCUUUAUUCUAGAGCAGGCAGUGUAUCAUAAUGUAAAGCCAGCCUCUCUGCAGCAGCAGCUGGAGGCAGUCCAUCUAAACCCAGACAAGGCUGAGGUGUUCUCUCAAACCUGGGCCACCUCUGGCCCUGAGCUGGUGGAUAGGCUAAAGCACAAUAUCUUUGCUCCAAAGAAGCUGGAUUAUGUCAGCUGGCAGCUGAACCUACAGAUGGCCCAGUCCAGCCAAGCCAGACUGAAGUCUCCCAGUGCGGUCCUCCAACUUGGACUCCGCAAUGAAGAAUCUGAGGUCCAGGAAAAUGUAUUUGUUGAGUUUAACCACCAGGAGCUGCUUGAGUUCUACAACAAGCUUGAAAUUGUGCAAGGCCAGUUGGAUUCCCUGACUUGAUGCCUGGUGCUCUUUGUAUCAACACAAACACACACACACACACACACACACACACACACACACACACACACACACACACACACAAACACGUUAGUGUUUUGCUGAAAGCUAUGCCAGCUGUUAGACGGUUAGCAAUUCCAUUCUUGCUCUGAUUUAUUAAAGAAAAAUGUCAGACUUUCUUUCCCCCUUUUGAGCUCACAUAUUCCUACAUAUCUUCAUCAAGGAUAUAGGAUAGAAUUUAGGAUAUGUGAGUUUACUGUAAUGAUUUUGUUGAUUAAAAAAUGUACUUAAACAAGUUUUCUUAGACAUUUUUUUAUACCUUGCAUUGAGCAACUUCAUGUUUUGAUUGCCCUGUAAGAUGAUUACAGACAAUUAGAUGUUAUGAAUGUGCCAACAGUCACUGAUCUUUGAAAAUUAAUUUGUAAUCUAACAGACAGAGGCAGUAAAAGGAAAUUAAAUGUCAGAAUGUCAUGUAGAGUUUAAACAAAUGGAUUUUGUUACUUGGAGAAUGAACUAGUGUCCAUGCCAUUCUAAUAAAAUCUGAAGUGGAGGUGAA